AUGGCCAUACAGAGUUUGCUGCAAUACACGGGCUCUGGCUCGCUGCUCUAUUUGGCAGCAGGGCUGGUCACUCUCCUUUACUUUCUUACCAGCUUCAAGAAGUCGGUUUGCAGUUUGCCUCCCGGGCCACGACCUCUUCCUCUGAUCGGAAACUUGAAUGUGGUGGACCUCAAAAAGCCGUUCCAGUCGCUGACAGAGCUCUCCAAGAUAUACGGCAACAUCUUCACUGUGCAUUUUGGACCCAGGAAAGCUGUGGUACUGGCUGGAUACGAAACCAUCAAGGAUGCCCUUUUAAAUCAUGCUGAAGAAUUUGGAGAGAGGGCAGAAAUACCCAUAUUUAGGAAAAUGACACAAGGAAACGGCAUAGCAUUCAGCCAUGGAGAGCUAUGGAAAACUAUGAGAAGAUUCACCUUGUCCACACUGCGAGAUUUCGGAAUGGGAAAGAGAACCAUUGAGAUCCGAAUCCUGGAGGAAGUAAAUUCCCUUAUCAAAUAUUUUGAAUCCUACCAUGGGAAACCAUUUGAUACGAAGAUGAUACUCAACAAUGCUGUAUCCAAUGUCAUCUGCUCUAUAUUGUUUGGAGAGAGGUUUGAAUAUGAUGAUCCUGUAUUUCUAAAUUUGCUGAAGCUGUUAAAUGAAAAUACUAAGCUGUUUGGCUCCCCUAUGGUGCUGUUAUAUAAUUUCUACCCAUCCCUUGGAUUUCUCUCUGGAGCUUCCAAGACUGUGCUACAAAACAUCAGUGAACUGAAUGCAUUUCUCCAGAAGCUCUUCCAGGAACACAAAGAAGAGUUUAAUGAAAAUAACUUAACAGGCUUUGUUGAUGCCUUUCUGAUGAAGCAAAAACAGGAGUCAAAGAAACCCCACACUAUGUUCAAUGACGGAAACCUGUUGUUUUCAACCUUGGACCUCUUUGCCGCUGGAACUGAGACUACUUCUACAACUGUGCGCUGGGGUCUUCUGCUGAUGAUGAAAUACCCAGAAAUUCAGAGAAAGAUUCAGGAAGAAAUGAACCAUGUCAUUGAACCAGGAGAGCUGCCUAAGUUGGAGGACCGGAAAAAAAUGCCUUAUACAGAUGCAGUGAUACAUGAAAUACAAAGGUUUGCCAAUAUUGUCCCAAUGGGUGUAUCACGAUCAACUCCUACCGAUGUGAAUUUCCAAGGCUAUGUGAUUCCUAAGGGUACAGAGAUUAUUCCACUGCUGACCUCCGCUCUGAAUGACGAGCUGCACUGGAAAACCCCAGAUCAGUUCAACCCUUCCCACUUCCUGGAUGCUGAUGGGAACUUCAUUAGGAGAGAAGCAUUUAUUCCAUUCUCCUUAGGACGAAGGGCUUGCAUUGGAGAAGGACUGGCCAAAAUGGAGCUGUUCCUCUUCUUUGCUGGCUUGCUCCGCAAAUUUGUUUUCCAAACACCUCCAGGAGUGGACAAGUCAGACCUAGAUCUCACUGCUGAUGUCGGCUUUACCUUGAACCCCAUGCCUCACCUGGUUUGUGCUCAGACUGCACCCUCGGGCAUCGACCUGUGCCAGGGUCAGGGAGAGAGUGAGCAAACAGACAGCGGCAGUUCACGACCAGGCAUCGACACGGCUCCCCUUGCGGAAAAAUACGGCCCCAUCUUCACCCUCCACUUUGGGUUCCAGAAAGUUGUGGUCCUGACCGGGUACGAAGUUGUGCGGGAGGCGCUUGUGAACUACACAGAGGAGUUUGUAGACAGACCAUCCAUCCCAAUAUUUGACCAAAUUCAGAAUGGAAACGGUUUGUUCUUCUCUAUCGGGGAGCUGUGGAGAACAACUCGGAGGUUCACCGUAUCCAGCAUGCGCAACCUUGGCAUGGGGAAAAAAAUUAUAGAAGGGAGAAUUUUCGAUGAGCUUCACUUCCUUAUCGAGAUGAUCAAAUCCUUCAAAGGGGAACCUUUUAGCCUGACGUCCUUCAACUGUGCUCCAAUCAACAUCACCUUUGUCAUGCUGUUUGGGGACAGGUUUGACUAUAAGGACCCAACAUUUCUCACUCUCUUAAGACUCAUAGAUGAAGUUAUGAUUCUUCUGGGAUCUCCGUAUUUGAGUUAUUUCAAUUUCUACCCGUUUCUUGGGUUUCUUUUCAAAACCCACAAGAUUAUGCUUGGGAAAAUAGAAGAUGUGCGCGUCAUUUUAAGGCAAUACAUGAAGGCAAGCAGGGAGGAUAUCAAUGAGAACAGCGUGAGGAGCUACAUUGAUGCACUGAUAUUCAAGCAACAAGAGGAGAAAAACAAGAAAGACAGUCUCUUCCAUGAUGACAACUUAAUAGCAUCCAUACUCGACCUGGUCAUGGCGGGAACAGAGACCAUAGCCACAACGCUCCAGUGGGCCAUCCUGCUGAUGAUGAAAUACCCAGAGAUUCAAAUCCUGCCCCACGUUCCCCGCUGCACUGCUGUUGACACCCACUUCAGGGGCUACUUCCUUCCCAAGGGUAUAAUUGUAAUCCCAUCGCUCACCUCAGUGCUGCUGGAUAAGACGCAAUGGGAGACACCACAUCAGUUCAACCCCAACCACUUCCUUGACGCUGAAGGGAAUUUUGUAAAGAGAGAGGCUUUCCUGCCCUUCUCCACAGGGCGAAGGAACUGCAUUGGAGAAAGCCUCGCCAAGAUGGAACUGUUUGUCUUCUUUGUAGGGUUGUUGCAGACAUUUACUUUUCAACCCCAGCCAGGAGUUUCAGAGUCUGACUUGGACCUUACCGUCCCCCAGACGACUUUCACAUUAAGGCCUCAGCCUCAGGCAACCUGUGCUGUCCUGCGUGAAUAA